AUGGCCGACACUUGCACAACCCAGUGUGCGCAAAAUAUGUCGAGGUUUGGACUGAACUCCCAAUAUGCAGCCAUAGCGCUGGUUUCUGCUAUUGGACUUUUUCCUCUCAUCGUUCUCUUCAUCGGCCCCAAACUUGUAUUAUACUUAGGCGGAACGGUAGGCUAUUAUCUGAGGAGGAAGACUGCAGGACGGAAAUCCCAGAUAUUGGAGUUGAUGGAGAAGGAUGAGAAGGAAUAUGCCGCAGAGCGACAUGGGAGAAGGGAUAGCGAUGAUUGGGAAAAUGUAGAGUCUUAUUCUACUGGUUCAGCCACGAAUGGCGAGAAGGGGGACAAGGAGUGGGAUGGCAUCGUUGGAUUUUUCCACCCUUUCUGUAACGCUGGUGGGGGUGGGGAGCGAGUACUUUGGGCUGCCAUUAUAGCGACUCAGAAACGAUGGCCGAAUGCCAAAUGUGUGGUAUAUACAGGGGAUCAUGACGUUGAUAAAACUGCAAUCCUGGAUAGAGUCAAGAACCGCUUCAAUAUCCACCUCUAUCCUCCUACCGUUACUUUCCUCUACCUCAGCACCCGAUCAUGGGUUCUAGCUUCUUCCUGGCCACAUUUCACGCUCUUGGGUCAAUCGAUUGGUUCUCUUGUGUUGGCUUGGGACGCUUUCUCCCUCCUUCCCCCGGACAUAUUCGUGGAUACGAUGGGCUAUGCAUUUGCAUCUGGUUUUAGCAAGAUCCUAUUUAAAGAUGUGCCUACAGGAUCUUACGUCCACUAUCCCACAAUAUCGACUGACAUGUUGAGCUCCCUGGAUCCGGCUUCGCCAACAGGAGGCCAAGGAGUGAAUGCUAGUAAGGGAGUUGGUGCGGGAGGAAAGGCAAAGAAGAUUUAUUGGCAACUUUUCGCAAUGUUAUAUUCCUUAGUGGGGGCAUCCAUUGAUAUUGUCAUGACAAACUCAACAUGGACGCAGGAACACAUUAACUCACUCUGGGGAGGAUGGAGGAAACGGUUCAACAAACCAGUGGCAGUAGCCGUAUUCCCACCUGUCGCAGUAGAAGAGCUGGAGAAAGAAGUCGAAGUUUCUGCAGAGAGUGAGAAGAAACGCGAAAAGGUCCUCCUCUACAUCGCCCAAUUUCGUCCCGAAAAGAACCACAAACUCAUUCUCUCGGCCUUUUCCGAAUUCAUGGCAACCAAAACGCCCGCAACCAAAGGCGCCAAACUUGUUUUGAUAGGUAGUGUGCGUGACGACGGGGACUCAAAACGAGUCUAUGAGCUACGCCUCCUAGCAAACGAACUCCAGAUUAGAGAUAGUGUGGAAUUCCACCUUGAUGCCCCAUGGCCUAAUAUUUUGGAAUGGCUUAGGAGGGCUAGUGUCGGUGUGAACGGGAUGUGGAACGAGCAUUUUGGUAUUGGGGUCGUGGAAUACCAAGCUGCGGGUCUUAUAUCUGUCGUACAUGAUAGUGGUGGUCCAAAACGCGAUAUCGUCACCCCUAUGGAUGGCAAGCCUACCGGCUUCCAUGCAACAACUUCCGCGGAGUUUGCCUCGGGUUUCGAGGAAGCGCUUGCUUUACCAGAUAAGCUAGCAAUGAGACGCCGAGCUCGACGAUCCGCGAAAAGAUUUACAGAGGAGGAGUUUGCGAAGGGAUGGCUUAGGGAGAUGGAAAGGUUGGUUCUUUUGAGGCUGUCCAAAGAGCAUUGA